CAAACGACGUGACGCUCUCGCUUCCCUUCCUUUUUCAGAGCAACUUGGAGCCUCUUUCAACUCCCGCCAUCUAUAGCCAUCAUCGAGAUAAGCCUACAGGAGAAAACCAUCCCCCAAGAUGGCAGGCAAAGACGGCGAGCGCAGUGCCUCGUCUGCGACCCGAUUUACGGCAACCACACCACAUGCAUCCUCCAAAAUGGGGUCGGCAGCAGGGACAAUUAGUCCAAGAUUCAACCCUGCAGCAGGACCAGGAGGCCCAAGAAAACCUAUAUCGGCAGCAGCACCAUCGGUAGGCACCGAGACCCCAGAGCAGCGCGUCGCUCGGUUAAGAGCCGCACACGAGGCCGCGAAAAACGCAAAGGUGUCGCGGUUCGACCGGAUCCUCGCCACGGCGAGACCUUUCUUCGACUCUGCGCAUAGAAUCACGGUGAUAAGUCUCGUUGGUCUGACUGCCAUCGCCGGUGCCAUGACCGCCUACACAGCCUACGACAUGCUCCGUCACAACCGCCAGCGCAAGAUCGACUUCCUGGAGGUCCAGAAGAACAUGGCCGCCGACAGUCUCGAGGCUGCUCGUCUGGCGUACAUGCGCGGCGAGGCGACGGACGAGCAGAUUGCCCUGGUGGACGAAGCGAACUCGAGAUCGGACGGUUUCCAGAUGCCCAGUAUCCUGAGCGCGCCAAAGCCGCUU